GUGUUGGUGUUUUUGUUUGUUUCGCUCAACAAUUGAUUGCAAUUAUCACUAAAACCAGUGUUUCAUUGAAUCCAAAGACAAUUGUAAACUCGAUUAGUGUCUCAUUUGUGUCUCAAAAUGGUUACCAUUUGAUGGUUGACUGCAAACCGAUUACAAGAGUAUAAGUUUGACAACAAAUGCCAAAACAAAGCGCAAUGUCUUCGCAAAACCAUAAAGACAUCAAAUAUCCGACCGGUUGUCGAGACAUCAACGAAGAACUGCCCACCGAUGACCUCAUCAGAAGACUGAAGGACAUAGCGAUGGCAUACCAGCAGAUGUCUCAGGAGGAAGACAACAGCAGUUUUAUACCAUUGGCUCUCUAUCUGUCGAGCGAUUACUUUCUGGAGCACCCGUCCCGUGAUGUGCGGCUUCUGGUCGCCUGUGCCAUUGCCGACGUGUUCCGUGUGUACGCACCCAACGCUCCCUAUCAACACCCGGAGCUCAUCAAACAUAUAUUUCUCUUCUUUAUUCAACAGUUAAAAGGAUUACAAGAUUCAAAAGACGCCACUUUUAAGCGCUAUUUCUAUCUCUUGGAGAACCUGGCGUGGGUUAAGUCGUUCAACAUAUGCAUCGAACUCGAGGACUCGCAAAGUAUUUUUGCCCAAUUGUUUUCAUUGAUAUUUAAGAUUGUGAAUGAGAACCACAGCGACAAAGUGAAGAACUUUAUGCUGGAUAUGUUGACACCACUGAUCAUAGAAGCGGAUACCGUCUCAUCGAAACUGAUUGAGAUAAUUCUGUGGCACAUAAUUGAUCCCAAGAAGACAAUGAACAAACAGGCGAAUUGGUUGGCCGUUCAGAUCCUGAAGAAGACCAACAAAACUAUGGAACCAUAUCUGGUGUCGUAUUUCACGAAUGCCAUCACUCAUGGCAUCGAUGAUAACGCCGGCGAUAUUGACGGCGACGAAGAGACGAGUGCUGUUGUCUACCAAAAGCCGGCCGCUAAAGGAUCCCGUAAUUCAAAGAACGCGUCCGUUUCCACAUCAGUCACUCAGAUCUGCGAACUUAUAUACGAACUCAACCACAUUUGUCCCAAUAUUAUGGAUGGAAUUUUGCCUCAAUUGGAGUUUAAAGUGAAGAGCAUUGACGAGAAAGAGCGGUGCGAUUACACGAAACUAUUGGCCCGACUCUUCUCGGACAAGGAGUCAAGUUUGGCGGAACUCUAUCCCGAUUUGUGGAAAUCAUUUCUCGGAAGAUUCCGCGACAUUAGUGUAACCGUAAGAAUGCGUUGCGUUCAGUAUUCUAUGCAUUUUCUGGUCAAUCAUUCGGAACUGAGGGAUGAUAUCAGAGACCAAUUAAGACAACGUCAACACGAUUCUGACGAGAAUGUCAGAUACGAAGUGGUUAUGGCUAUCAUAAGCGCCGCUAAAAAGAGCAUCGAGAAUAUCAAUGAAGAUCUCUUGAGUUUCGUUAAGGAGAGAACUUUAGACAAAAAGUUUAAGAUCAGACGUGAGGCGCUUCUAGGAAUGGCUCAACUCUAUAAACUCUAUAAUGUGUCCGCAAUUGGAGAGUCGAAUGAUUCUUUAGACACAUCCAAUGUCUCUGAGAGCGCCAACUCGUCCCUAAAAAUGCUUAAUUGGAUUAAAAACAAAUGUCUUCACAAUUAUAUCAAUUAUCAAACACAACUCGACGAUCGACUUUUGGUCGAACGUAUUCUCCACACGUGUCUCAUCCCAUACUCACUACCAUUGCCUCAGAGAAUGAAAAGUCUUUAUACCUUUUACUGUACGAUCGACUCACACGCGGCCCGAGCUUUCAAUGAACUGCUUCGACAGCAACAGUGUGUCCGCAGACAAGUCAAAGAAGUUCUCGAUCUUCUCAGAGAAGAGAAAACUGAUGAAAGAGAUCAACUCAUUAAACAAAAAGUACAGAUUUGUGCGAAGAAUUUGCCCGAACCCGUCAAAGCUGACGAAUACAUCACCAAAUUAUGUAGAAACUUAGAAAUGAAUCCGGCCUUAAGAGAGCACAUGGAACUGAUCGUCACAUCGACUUCGUUCCCACAGAUGGGAGAGGACGGCUUGCCUUUACUUCCGCCCCCGAGUUCUACCAUUGAGGCCAGCGUUAGGGAAGUGUUGAAAUCGCUUGGGUUUCCCGUUCAGACGAACUCGUUUUAUAUGAUUAUAAAACAACUGAUGGAACGAAUCGCUCCAAUUAUGGUCGACCAUCAGGGUCUGCUAACUUUAUUCAAUUAUGUUUCGGAUUCACUUCUGGGCGACGGAGAACUGGACAGUGAGAUGGGUGUCGAUAACUCUGCCAAACGGGGACUUCAACUCAUUUAUAGUCUUUCGUCUGUAUUUCCGGCACUCUUUCACGGAAGAGAGAUCUUCACGACAUAUUUGUUGCCGUUCUUAUGGCAAAGCGGAGAUCAACACCAAGUCUCUGAACUAAUACUCCAGAUAUUGACAAAUAUCGGCGCUUCUGCUGGCGCUGAAGGCGGAAUGGAUGACUCGGAGUGUGUGUCGAUCCCGUGGUGGGCCGCCGAUGAUGUCAUACCACGACUCGUCGAUCGAUUUGUUUUGAAAGCGUCGACAUCAAAGCAGGCAAAGUAUGCCAUUCAGUGCUUAAACGCUAUAAUUGGCGACGAAAAUGAAAAGAUGAGAAUCUUUGGAGAGAUUAUCGAUCAGAUAAAAGCGAGCGGUUUAUCACUGGAAACGUCUCCGUAUUUCCGGAGCCAUUUGGUUACACUGGGAAUGAUAGCCAUCUGCGGCGGUCACUCAUUCUUUCCCAAAGUUCUUCGCUCUAUAAUCCAGAAGUUCAUUGUUCAGGGAUUGCUUAUGAAAGACAUGAAAACUGAACACGAAAUCAAUGCGUUGGAAGAGAGCGAAAGACAGAGAGAAAACACGGAUCCUUUGAUUACUUACGAGUAUUGCAGCGAAGAAGCGAAAGCCAAAAUCGAAGCAAUCAAAUUGAUGGUCAGAUGGUUGUAUGGCAUGAAAAUCAAUACAUUAGUCGUUUUGCCUGAGAAUCAACACGACGUGAUCGCACAAUAUCAAAAAACAGCGUCAAAUACUCUGAAACUCUUAAAGACAAUCCUUUCAACCGGCGGUGAUUUGAAUGAACAAAAUUUGGGCGGAACUUCACUAGAAAGGGCUCACUUAAGACUGGCGGCCGCUCUCGGCAUUCUGAAGAUCGCGUCCAACGAUGCCAUCACUUCGGUGUCGAGCAAUGGCGACAACACUUCAAUGGUUCAAAACCCGUCGACCACUCUAUCGAUAAUGUCAGCAGAACAAUGGCAUUCAUUGGCUACAGUUCUCUUGGAUUCCGAAGAGUUUGUUCGCGAAAAGUUUCUCAUUAAACUCCAUAAAGGAUUGAUGUCCUUAGCGUUAGGACUGGAAUUCUUAGCCAUUCUCUCUUUGGGCGGCACUUUCAACGGCGAGGACACCGUUGCCUUCAAAACCAAAUUGAGGUCUCGUCUCACAAACGGUGUAUUUUAG